UUAUUUGAAUCAUAGUUUAUGCCAGAUACAAAAUGUUGCCUCGAGUUGUCACGCCUGAUACAGGAAUUCAACAUACGGAACAAAAUUGCAAAAUCAACAUAAACUCUGAUGACAGAGGAAGUGGAACGUUGUAUAUUUCAGAAGAAAGACUAAUCUGGGAGAACCAGGAGCAUCGCGGGUUGUCGCUCGGUUAUAAAGAUAUUGCGAUACAUGCUGUCUCUAAAGAUUUACAGGCAUUUCCUGAAGAAUGUCUUUACGUAAUGUUCAAUGGUGAGAUUUGUGAACCGGUUGUCAAUGGCAACGGACAGACAGAAGAGUACGAUUGUGCAGAUAACGAGUUUGCUGCUGACACAAGUGGUACAAUAUCAGAGAUCAGAUUUAUACCAGUAUGUAAAGACAAUUUAAAACGAAUGUUCGAUGCAAUGAGCGACUGUCAAUGUCUCCAUCCGGACAGUGAGGAUAGCGAUGACUAUUAUGGUGGAGAUGGUGACAGUGAGGAGCAAAACUAUGAAGGGGCUCUGUACCCCCCUACGGUUUACAAUGGCGGUGCGGGGGAAGGAUUUUAUACUUCUGAAGAAGGCUUACAACAUUUAACGCCUGCAGGACAAGCAACAUUAGCAAGACUAGAGAAUAUGUUAGCAGAUUCGCAAAUUUCUGAACCUGAGGGGAUUUCCCAAAUGGAAGGGGUUCAGAUUGAGGAGGAGGGCCCUAUGAACUCUGAUGAGCCUCCUGUGGUAGGAAGGCCCCCUGUUGUCGAUGACAACCCGCAGCAAGGUGCCCCUAUUCUUUCUUCAGUGGAAGGACAAUUUGAUGAUGCCGAAGACACUCAUUGAUCUGCUCAAUGCCAGGUAUCUGAUAUCUGUCGUUGUCAUGGUUGCGGAGCGGGAAAAAGUUUACAAUCAAC